UAAGCAGAUACCAGCGUCCAUCUAUUCAGCGAUGUUGUCUGAACGGUUCGGACUAUUAUACAAUGCGGAUGAACUGCAAUAAAACCGCCCUCCAAGAAGCGUUACGAGUGGAUACUGCGCGGUGCAGACAGGUUGCGGAGCAAUGCUGUGUAUACACAGAGGAUCACAUGUACAAGAUCCUACCAAUGGCCCAAAUGGGGACCCUAGAAACCAGCCUGGAGCAGACGAGGGAGGAGCCAAUCACAAUCUCUGUGACGCAGAUCAGCGCCGGCCGCACAUUCACCGCGACAUUCACCGUGAAGACCGACCCCACACAGGACGUCUCCAUACAUGUGAGCAGCAGAACAAUGGCUGUGAGUGUCGGUGUGUGGUUCGGUAGAGCGCCGCCUGAAGAAGAUCGGUGAAUUAUGGAAUAUAAUCGGCGUAAUGUUGUUAUGGAUAGAGGAAGGGGUGGAGGAGCCGCCAUAUGUAAUA